AUGACCACACCAAGCUCGCACUUCCAUUCCACGCUGCUGCUGCCAGUACUCCUGCUCCAGAUAUCUGUUGUGGAUGAUCACAUGAUCCUGGGUGCCUCUGCCGAACAGCAACAGCCGCCGAUGAUCGCACAUCGGGGUUGUCGCGACAAGUGCGGCAACAUCAGCAUCCCCUUUCCUUUCGGAAUCGGGCCCGGCUGCUUCCGCAAGGGCUUCGAGGUACACUGCAAGGACUCCGCUCGUCCUCCUCGCGCCUUUCUCGCAAGUGCUUUCCUUGGAAAAGACCAGUGGGAGGGCUCCACCACCGAGCUCCACCUCCAUCGCGACCCGCUCACUCUUAACAGGUCGUUGCCGCCGAUGCUGCCGCUCGAGCUCGUAAGCAUAUCAGUUGCCACGAGCGAGGCGCGGGCAUACAGCGGGAUCUCAUACCUGUGCACCACAGACAAGACCAGCGGGUUGUUCAAGUUCUACACGAUGCCUCUCUCCUUCACACCGUUUGGCGUGUCGGCGACGCGUAAUGCUCUCGUCGGUGUCGGCUGGAGAGCCGAACCAUAUCUGGCCAUCCAUGAUUCGAAGAAUGCGGCCUACGACCACUUCUUCUGCCGUUCAGACAUCCUGGAGGUGGAUUUCCUUGGGCACGUGAGAAAUGGGUCGUGCACAGGGCAGGGCUGCUGUGAGACACCAUUUCCCCCGGCAUACAGAUCCGUCCAAUUUGCCCAAAUGAAGAUCUUGGUCGAAAACAACAGCAUGUGGAGUAUCAUGCCAUGCUCAUACGGCAUGUUGGUGGAGAAGUCAUGGUACAACUUCUCGACGCCAGACAUGUACGGCGACAGGGUGCUUGCCAAAAGAUUCCCCCGGGGCGUCCCCUUUGUGCUCGAUUUCGCAAUCGGGAAAGCUUCGUGUCCGGCGGAAGGCCAGCAGCCGCCUUCGGACUAUGCAUGUGUCAGCGGCAACAGCUCUUGCGCCAAUGCAACCAUUGGCUAUGUGUGCAGGUGCUGGAAGAAUUACGAGGGCAACCCUUACAUGAACAACGGAUGCCAAGACAUCGAUGAAUGCAAGCUUCCCGAGUUGUAUCCCUGCUCGAGUGACGGGAUCUGCAAAAACAUGCCAGGAGGCUACAAUUGUCCGUGCAGAUUUGGAAUGAAAGGCGACGGCAAAGCAGGAACGUGCACAAGCAUAUUCCCCCUAGCAGCAAGGGUGGCCGUUGGUGGUAUUCUUCUCAUGGCAGUUCUAUCAUUCAUUAUUGUUCUUCGCAAAGAGAAAAUGAAAAUGAGGGAAUUUUACAAGAAGAAUGGUGGGCCUACAUUAGAGAAGGCACAUAUCAUAAAGCUUUUCAAAAAGGAGGAGCUUAAACCAAUUUUAAAGAGCAACAAUUUAAUAGGAAAAGGUGCCUUCGGUGAAGUUUACAAGGGUCUUCUUGACAAUAAACCGGUUGCAGUAAAGAAGCCAAUUAAUGGUAGUGUGAUGGAGAAUGAACAGUUUGCAAAUGAAGUCAUCAUUCAAUCCCAAGUCAUCCACAAGAACAUUGUUAGGCUGAUAGGUUGUUGCCUAGAAGUUGAUACCCCCAUGUUGGUAUACGAGUUUAUCUCCAAAGGUAGCCUUCAUGACAUUCUUCACAAUAGUUAUAUCAAGGUCGAUCUCAGCUUGGAUGCGCGUUUAAGUAUUGCUGCACAGUCAGCGGAUGGUCUAGCCUAUAUGCAUUCAAAGGCCAAUAUUAAAAUUCUACAUGGUGAUGUUAAACCAGCAAAUAUACUAUUGGAUGAUAACUUUCUACCGAAGAUUUCAGAUUUCGGUAUAUCCAGGUUGAUUGUGAGGGACAAGCAGCACACAGGAUCAGUCAUCGGAGACAUGAAUUAUAUGGACCCAAUAUAUCUGCAAGAAGGCCUACUCACCGAAAAAAGUGAUGUCUAUAGUUUUGGAGUUGUCAUCUUAGAGCUUAUAACCAGGAAGAAAGCCACACAUUCUGACAAUAGUAGCUUGGUAAAGAAUUUUCUUGAAGCUCGUAAGAAAGGAAAGAAAGCAACUGAGUUUUUUGACAAGGAAAUUGCAUUAACAAAAGAUUUGGAGCUUCUUGAUAGUCUAGCAGAUAUGGCCAUGGAUUGCCUUAGCCUUGAUGUGGAUCGAAGACCAAUGAUGACGGAGGUAGCUGAGCGGCUCCUCAUACUGAGUAGAUCUCGGAAGUGUAGAUCGUUUUCGAGUUUAAAACAUGAGUAG